AGCCAAUCCGGCUCAUGCAGGAAACCACGUGAAGCGGCAACAACACUCACAACCUCUUUCUUCUCUUCUUCCUCCUCCUCCUCCCAGUCAUGGCCACCGAGAGCCCCCUGGAAACUCUGCAACGGGAGAUCACUUGCUCCAUCUGCCUGAGCUAUUUCAAAGAGCCGGUGUCCAUCGACUGCGGGCACAACUUCUGCCAGUCGUGCAUCACCCAGUGCUGGGGGAGAUCGGAUGACGAGAACACUUCCUGCCCUCAGUGCAGGCGGUGGUCUCGGAAGAGAAGCUUCAGGCCCAACCGGGAGCUGGGCAACGUGGUGGAAGUCGCCAAGCGGCUGAGGCUGGAGGCGGCCGCCUCGCUCGCCGGCCAGCGGCUGUGCGAGAAGCACCAGGAGCCCCUGAAACUCUUCUGCGAAGAGGACGAGACGCCCGUCUGCGUCAUCUGCAGGGAGUCCCGGGCGCACAAAGCCCACCCCAUGCUCCCCAUUGAGGAAGCGGCUCAGGACUACAAGAAACAAGUAGCCACCCAUGUGAAAGCUCUGAAGGAAAGGAGAGAGAAGCUGAAGGAAUCCAAAGAAGACUUGGAGUGCAGAAGCCAGGCUGAUCAGGAUGAUGUGCAAACUGAGAAACAGAAGGUAGAGGCUGAAUUUAAUCAGAUCCACGAGUUCCUGGAAAAAAUUGAGCAAUUCCUGAUUAUCAUUCUGAAAAAGUUUGACAAGGAGAUUGUACAGAAGAGAGACGGAGCAGCUACCAAGCUCUCAGAGGAGAUUGAGCGCCUUGAUGCCUUGAUCAGUGAGGUGGAGGAGAAGUGCCAACAGCCCGCAAGUGAAUUCCUACAGGACAUCAGGAAUAUUUUGAGCAGAUGUAAAAAUGGACAGCUUCCACACUUGGUAGAAGUUCCUUCCUCUCCAACUGACCUGGAAAAGAAACUCGGGCAUUUCACUCUGAAAAAUAUUGUUAUCAAAGAGGCACUGGAGAAAUGUCGAGAGACUAUGCUAUCUGAAUUAGCAAAAGCAAGGUCAAUGGAAACAUCAGCUACAAAGGCAAGCAUUACUCUAGACCUCAACACAGCUCAUCCCCUCCUUGUAGUGGGCGAAGACAGGAAAAGUGUGAAGCGUGGAGAUGUGGUUCAGCCACUGCCCAACAACCCUGAGAGAUUUGAUGCCACGCUUAUUCUGCUGGGCUGUGAGAGAUUCACCUCAGGGAUACAUUAUUGGGAGGUGGAAGUGGGCGAUGGGCAAAACUGGGCUCUUGGCGUUGCCAGAGAGUCUGUAAAGAGGAAGGGACCUGUUGUCACUUGCCCCGAUGAGGGCAUCUGGGCUUUGGGGCUCUGUGGAGAUGAGUACAAGGCUUUCACUUCGUCCGAUACUCGACUACCCCUAGAUGAAGCCCCAGAAAAAAUCCAGGUAUUUGUGCAUUAUGAAAGGGGUUGGGUGGCAUUUUUUAAUGCUGAUUAUAUGUCCCUCAUUUUUAUUUUCCGUUCAGCUAAUUUCUGUGGGGAGAAAAUUUGUCCUUUCUUUAAAGUGUGGGAUCUAACUACAGAGCUUACAAUGUGCCCCUGAAACACUGCCUGCAAUUUGUUGGUCUGGCUUAUUUUUGUGAUUCCAUUCCAUUCAUAAUUUUGUAUGGAAUCUCACAAAUGGCACAGAACUUUGAUUUUAAGAAAGGAAGAAAAGGAAUUGGAUCCAAACAUUUAAAUCUCAGAACAGAAGGAGCCUCCAUUCAUGGAAGGACAGUUGCGCUUCCAGAAGGACCCCUUCCAUGAGCACCAUUCUUCCUCUGUGAACAGUAGCUCCUUCCAUUCACAGAGCUAAAACUUAGGAUCAUCAUCAUCAUCACUAUUUAUUUGUAUGUUGCCUUUCCAUAACAAUUUAUGCACAAAGCGGCUCAUAACAUGAACAAAAAAAAAUCAAACAACUCACUGUAAGAAAUAAAUUCAAUGGUCAAUAAGUUAACAAACACAUCAUAAAAACAUUCAAUAAAUUGACACAUCCUUAUAAUUCCUAAUAAAAUACAGCAGUAAAACACAGAAGCAUAAUCCCAAUAACAGCAAAACAAAAAACCAACCAUCAGAAAUUAAACUUUUACCCAAACAGAAGACCCUAAACAACACCCCACAGUCAAGAUGGUGUCUGGCAUCUUCAGGUAAUGAUACCUUUUACAGCUGCAGUAAGUCAAAGCCCCACCCUUUCAGGCCAGGUGGAAAGAGGCCAGCAAGCAGGGAGAGGGAUCCAAACCAAAGACUUCUAGCUUUCAAAAUAAGUGAAAGAACAAGUUUAUUUCCCUCCCAACUAUUUAAAAAACAACACAAAACUCAACUUUUAAAUUUACAUGAUUCAAGAGAGAGUGAGUCUUCUGCAUCAUUACAAAUAUUUAAAUGCAGGCUCAGUUUCUCUACACUUUCUCUUGUGUUACCUCAGCAAACACUCAUUUUUCUACUUAACACACUUGAUUGAGAACAUGCCCUGCUUAAUUCAAUGGAUCUUAGUCCCACGUCAAAAGUUUAGGGUUGUGGUAAUUAUAAGGAGAACUUCAGUAGUUCACCACCACUCUAACCUAGGAACUGGCUUGCAAAAGGAGGGAGUCUAGGGAAGGUGAGGCAUGUGGGGGAGGAGGGGAGAGAAGGGGAAUGGUGAUGGGGGGUAGAGAGUGCAGGAGUCCCCAUCUAGAAAACCUAUGUCCCACCUGUGAAACUCUUCAGCAAGGAUUAAAAAACCCUCUUCCUAUCAUGACAUGUACCUCUUAGUUCAGAGAUGGCUAACCUGUGGCCCUCCAGAUGUUGCUAGACUCCUAAAUCCCAACAGCCUCAGCCAGCAAGUCCAGUUAGGAGGGAUGACAGGCGUUGGUAGUCCAGCAACAUCUGGAGGGCCACAGGUUAGCCAUCUCUGUCUUAGGUGAAAGGGGAAUGGGCUGUAGCUCAGUGGUAGAGCACCUGCUUUGUAUUCAGAAGCUCCCACAUUCAUUUCUUGGCAUUUCCAGAUAGAGUUGGGAAAGACUCCUGUCUCAGACCCUGAGAAGCUGCUGUUGGUCAUUGUAGGCAACACUGAGCUAGAUGGCGUGACACAACAUAUUGGUGCUUCCUGAUCUUCCUGUGGUGGUAUGUAUUGGGCUGGGGGCAGGGUUUAGAGCACCCUGUUCCUCUGCAGUUACUCCUCACCCAGCCAGAUACGAAGUGCAUAUUGCAAAGCCCAGGCUAUGGGUGGUAUGCCAUCCCUUACAGCCCAGCCUGCUUUUUCAAGCAUGGAAAAUUACUGUUCUUUUUAAUCCCAUGGCAAUUAUGAUACCUAAAAUGUCCUUGCCUACUUUUAUUGGAAAACUUGUUUUUAGCUGCUUCUCCAGCUCCAACAUCUCUUUCUAUCCCAGAUUUUGAGGAAUGUCCCUUCCAUGGUGUGUGAUUGGGGGGAUGGGGAGUCCAGCCCCAGAGAAAGAAGAGAUUUACACCCUGCAAAUCUGGACUGUGCUAGCCGCUGCUUUACUAUGUGUGUUAGGAGACCUGUCUCUUUUCUUUCUUGAAGCAACCCUUGUCAUUGAGCUUACAAAUAUUAGUGUGCCUGCUACCACUAUCCCUUUUCUAGGAAAAUCAGAUCAAAAGUCGCUCCUUUUCUGGGAAGAGAGAAAAGGAAAGCUUCUCUGCUGCUCCCACACACACACACACUUCUGUUAGUGGGAAAUGCUAAAAAAGGGGGCACUGGAGUCACCAUCUUGAACACCUUCUGCUUUGUGAGAAUUUGAUUUACCAAAAAUUGUAGGGUUUGCUGUACACAGUUUGCUGAACAUCCAUUGACAUCUGCCACCACAGAUAUAUUGCCUGAAGGUUUUUGAAAGUGUGGCAAAAGGAACUCUCCCUCCCCCCUGCCUGGUUUGCACAUUAUGCUAAUGCUCAGCUAUGGGGUUUUUUAAGACAGAGGUAGCUAACCUGAGACCCUCCAGAUGUUGCUGAACUACAGCUCCCAUCAUCCCUACCUACAGAUACUGUUGGCUGGGACUGAUGGAGGUUUGUAGUCCAACAACCUCUGGAGGGCCAGAAGUUCCCCACUGCUGGCUUAAGCCAUAGUUUGUUUAGCAGACCACAAGUUAAUCACGAGUUCUCACAAACAAACCAUGGCUUGUUUCUCCAAAGUUUGAUUUGUUUUCCAGCUGCUCUUGCAUCAUGCCUUUGUAGCUUGGUGAGUGACUGAGGUAGGGUGGCCAAACAAAUCAUGCUUAAGGAACAGUACUGGGUUUCACACGUAACCCCAACAACAAACCAUGGCCUCCGAUUGUGGUUUGUUGGCAGCGAACACGCCAUAGUUAAGUUGCUGGUCAGAAUUCACACAUAAUGCUAAGUCAUGGUUUAAUAAACCAUGACUUAGCGUUAUGUAUAAACUGGGCCUCUGUGUGUGUCUGUGUGUUUAAUAAAUGCACACUUAUUUGCUUGUUGUGUGUAAUCCAGACUUCUUCUCUCAAAGUAGUGCCUCUGUUGCAGGAAUGUCUUGUUUUUCCCAAACUCAGUCAGCAGAAUUUUUAUUCCUUGGAAAAUAAAAAUCUUUCCUCCACUUAGCAAGCUAGUGCCCCACAGAAGUGCUCUAGGAAAUGUGGCUGUGUGUGAGUUAAUGGCUACCUAUUGGAUACUGUGCCAGUCAUGUCAGUAGCGGUGACCAGCACAGCACCUCUGCUCCUCCCAUGUCAACACAAUUUUAUGUCCUUUUACAUCUUUUUUAUUGCCACUGUAUACAAUGGACACUCUUCCAAUGUUUCACUUCAGCAUCUGAACACUUACCUACUCUGUUUAUUUUUAUUGUUUUGUAGUUUUUAAAAAUAGCAGCAAGGUUGUCUCUUUUCCCAAGGACAUACAUUCAAGAUCCGCUCAAGCAUUUUGCAGGCAAACUACUUUGCACUGCAACUACCAAACCAGUGGUCUGUUUCAGCCAGUGCUGUCUCUCUAAACUAGCAGCAGCCCUAUAGAACCUUAUGCAGAGGUCUUUCCUAAUCAAGUCAUCCUGCCUGAGGUCUUCAAACUAGAGAUGACAGGGAUUGAACUGUGAAGCCUUUUACAUAUAAAAUAUGUCACUCAGCCACUGCCCCUCUCACUCGUGCUUUCUCAUUCUACAGAUUUUUUUUUCUUUGCUGUAGUUAUAGUAGUAAUCAUUUAUUUACUGAGGGCAGAGAUGUGUUCUGUGCUGCCCCAGAGGGCACGACUGGGAUCUAUUGGGCUCAAGUUACAGGAGGGCACACUUCGGUUGAACAUUCAGAGAAACUUCUUGGCAGUAAGAGCAGUUGAACAAUGGAAUCAAUGACCUGGAAUGGUGGUGGGCUCUCCUCCAGGGGAGGUCUUCAAACAGAGUCUGGAAAGCCAUCUGCUGGGGAUGUUUUAGGUCUAGAGUUUCUAUGUAGAGCAGGACUAGCUGGUCUCCAAAAGCCCUUCCACCUCCAUGAUGGCUAUGCACUCCCUUCUAGAACAUUGGGGUAUACGUGUGUGUAUGUGCAGCAGCAGUACAGUUAUCCCACUAUCAUGUCUGGAAUGGAUAUUGCAUUGUGGUAGAAUCAAGACGUAGAAGAUGCAAAGAUUAAAAUGCUGUAGGCAUGCAUGUUCAUGGUCAGCUGGAUAAACCCAAAAGAAGUACAGAGUAGUCCUUGGCUUGACUACAUUUACGCUACAAAUUGAAACUAACAGCUUUCCAGGAGGAUCCCUGGAAUUGGUAGUUUUUCCUUAACAGAAUUUGAAAAUAUGUAUUCUCCCUAUCAGGAUGCCUUGUAAGAACAGCACAGCACUUAAUUCAACCUAGUUCGAGGUACCAAAGUAGCCGUUAACUUCAAUCCAUAAACAAGAUAAGGUCCAACUUGUGCUCUUAGGCUAUUUUUAGGCCUUUUGACUUCAAUAGGACAAAAGAGGAUUAAGGAAAGGUUUGCUGGAUUAUGGUUACAAUCCGUACACACUUACCUGGGAAUAAUUCUUGUUGAGCAUAGUCGUGGGACUUGCUUCUAAGUAAAUAUGUAAGUAUGGAUUGCAGUGUAAGUGGUUUAUGGAUGGCUCCUAUACUAACACAUCUGCACUUUUGGAAGAUGUGAUUUCUUUUUUGUUAAGGUUCAACAGAUUUGCGUAUAUUUUGAUCCAGAAAACUGUUGUGUCAUUGCAUUAAAAUAUCUUUAGUGAACACAGAA